AAAUACUAGCAGAGGGGCAGCCCGACGUGUCUAAUUCAGAACAAACAACAUCCCGUAUUCUUCGUCCAAUAAUGUACACUUCAUUCGUCUUCUAAACGGAAUCCGUCUCUCUUUUCACAUAUCAAAAAAUUCACGAACAUUUGGAUUUCGAGGCUUUUAAGAACAAUGCCGUUCUCCAAAGCCAUGAAGCGCCUUGGCGGGUCUGUCCGAUCAGCGCUGGGUGUAAUGGAUAAAGCAACAGAAGAAAAGAUCCCAAUCGCCGAAGAGCUCGCGUUCCAGGCUACGGAGCAGGCUGAUUACUACCAACGCAAUGGCGAUAUCAACGCUCUCCGCAAGGCAAUUAGUCUUUCACAAGGAGCGAUCAAUGUCUUGAAUGAAGACCAUUCACCGCAGCCGUUUGCGCGCAAUGACUUUUUGAGCGAAUUCCUGCACGAUCUAUUCCUCGCGGAAUGCCACCAGACCCGAGAUCUAUUCUUUGCGACAAAUGAUAGUAAGGUUCUGGACGAACUCAUAGAGAAACUACGACCGAUCUAUGAUCUCGCACCGAAACCCUCGCGGUGCAACCUCUUCGAAGCUUGUUUUCUGAGUAGGACGUACAUCUACCGUUACUUUGCCUAUGGGGAGAAAAAUGAUGACGACUACCAGGCUGCACUUGAAUUAGCCAAUGCCGCGUUGUCCAAUUUGAAAAAGUGGAAGAGUAAGCUCACACUAUUACCGCAGGAUCUCGAAACCAUCAACGAUAUACGUCAAAUUGUAGAAAUGCCGAUAGGUGUAACCAAGGGGUUAUUUCUGUAUAACAGAGCUUCCAGCCUGAAGCGUCAGUUCGGCUUGCGGAGAGAUCUUACAGAUCUUGAGUCUGCCCGAUCGUCCUUUGCCCAGGCCUUGAAGCUAUUUCCACCCUCGAACGAAUACCAUACCAAGGCUGCAGUGGAGGUGGCAGAUUGUGUGGUCAAUCAAGUCAAUCGAACGAGUGAUGUGAAGAACCUCAGUUCAGCGUUACAGUCCAUCAACACCAUCAAUUUCGAAUCUUUGAAUCCAGAAAGUUUUGUGGAUGCUGCUAUCACGAAGACACUCCUUUUCAGGGCAAAGUUUGAUCACUAUUCCGAUCCAAAGGAUCUUGAAAUGGCAAUUGAAACCGCCAAGAAAGCCGCACAACCAAAGAUCAAAAACAUAAACAACCGCAUAACAGCCUUACAAACCCUAAGCAAUCAGCUUUGUCGAAGGGCUGAGCUUCGAUUAUCAGUCGACGACAUGGAUGCAUCAAUUGCCGCAGCAAGACAGGGUCUAGAGGUGUGCCCAGCGAAGUGGCCGCAACGAUCUGGAGCAUACACUGUUCUUGGUAGCAGGCUUGGAAUUAAAUAUUCCAUCUUUGGAAACGUUGAAGAUCUCACCGAGUCAAUUACCCUACUACGCGAGGCCGUUUCUGCGCUACCUAAAGAAAAUAGCAUGAGAGCUAUGCGUUUACAUAAUCUGGCCAAUGGUUUGAGGGAUGUUUACUCGAGCACUGGAAACUCUGAUGCUUUGGAGGAGUGCAUCGCAUUGGAACGUGAGGCACUGCGCAUUGUUUCAGAUGAUGAUUCAUCGAAAUAUGUUAUGCUUGAUUCCUUGAGUUUGUUCCUCAACUUACGCUACAAAAUCACCCAGAGUUCGGAGGAUUUGAAUGAGGCAAUAUCUGCUGCCGAAGAUGCUUUACAAGGCACACCUAGAGGACAUAUACGUUAUCCCAAACGUCUCCACUCUUUAGCAAGCGUCUUGGUUGAUAAAUUUUCACGUACAAAGGAAAUUCAAGUAGUUGAUCGAGCGAUUCAACUUGCCUCAGAUGCUAUUUCCAGUAGCACAUACGACGAGGAAAGUCAGGUGCAUUAUCUAUUCACGCUCUCGGCAUGUCUUUCUUCCAAGUACCGCAUAAGCAAAGACCUACAGGAUCUUGAUAAGGCCAUCAAAAUCUCUCGAGAAGUGCUCGAACGUGGCCCUGCUUCACAUCCUUCGAGAUAUCGUUGGAAGAGGGAUCUUGGGACUCAACUCCAAAAGAGGUUCGAUGCUACCGACAGUAUGGAAGAAAGAAGGAAAUACCUGGCCGAAGCAUUGAAUCUCCAAGAGGAAUGCAUCAAAGAAAUUCCCGCUGCGGAUCCUGAUAUGGCUUGGACUCUAUGUACAAAAGGGUUUCUGACCUUAAAACUGAAUGAAGUACUUCAGGAUGAUGCCAAAGAGCAACACGAUUCAAAUCUCUUGGCUGCUAUCACUUCUUUCCGGCAAGGCUUCGACCACCCGGCCGCGCUUCCUAUGAGUCAGGUACGCAACGGACUCCUAGCGGGUUCAUCUUACAUCUCCUUGAAGCAAUGGGAUCAUGCCGGUGAUAUCCUCUCUCGAAGUAUUCGAGUAUUCAAUAAGAUAAGCCCCCUUUCAUUGGACGAAAAUGACAGACAAUACCAGCUCUCCGGUCUUAGCAAUAUGUCCAUGUAUGCGUGUCUAGCGUUCAUUAUGCAAAAUAAGCCGGAUGAGGCCGUGGAGAUUUUAGAGGCUGGUCGUGGUGUGAUGGCAAAUAUUGCGAUGAGGCAACACGAUCGAGUACCAAUUCUCAAAGAGAAAAAUCCUGACCUUCAUGGGCGAUAUACAGAACUACGAAAUUCUCUAUCGCAGUCGGUACCUUCCCAAAGAUCCCGCACGGUGGAUCUCAUAAAGCAACGCCGUAUGGACCAAGAAAGGUUCGAGCAGCUUGAAGAGGAAAUUCGGCAACUUCCUGGGCUGGAGAAUUUCAACCGAACAAUGUCCGCCAAACAAAUACAAGCAUUAGCCAUCCAGGGUCCGCUUGUGAGCUUUUGUGUCUCUUCGGGCUAUCAAUCCUCUGCUCUGAUUGUCACAUCGGAUGCGAUACAAUCUCUACCACUGCCUGAACUUCUCUAUGCCGAUGUGGAGAAGAAGGUACCCUUGAUCACAGGUGACAAUCGCCUGAGUUUGCGUCCACCGUCAAAGCGUCCCGUGGCAAACAAGCAGAUGAGGGCAUUGCUGGCUUGGUUGUGGGAGGUAGCUGUUGAGCCUGUCCUCAAACAUCUUGAUCUACUACAGAGCCAAGAGAAAUCAGAACUCCCUCGAAUAUGGUGGAUCACAAGUAGCUACCUGGGGCUAAUGCCACUGCAUGCAGCUGGCAAAGGCAGCAAGCACCCGAAAGCCAAUACCUACGAUCACGUUAUAUCGUCCUACAGUUCCACAUUCUCGGCUUUGGCAUUUGCGCGGGAGUGUCAAUCCAGAGUUUCUGAAUCAGCUCCAAACGUAGCUCUAGUAACGAUGCCUCACACAGCAGCUAGAUCCAGUUUAAACACUGAAGGCGAAGCAGAGGCAGUCCGCACUGCCUUCUCUAGUACUGAUUCGGACCGAGCAGAAAGCGUUUUAGUUGAGCUGUGUCAGCCCCCGGCCGCAGAAGUCCUAAAGCAAGUUCGAGGUGGCAAUAUCGACAUCUUUCACUUCUCUUGCCAUGCAGAGCCCGACCUGUCUGAUCCGUCGAACACUGCCUUCCUUUUUGGUGACGAUGCUUCUGCAGAAUCGCCUGACCCAAUGCCCAUUCAGCAUCUGAGGAAAUUCAACAGCAAUGCAGACCUGUCGUUGCGAGCACCACAGCUUGCAUAUCUCUCGGCAUGCUGCACGGCGCAGCAGUAUGAUCUCAAGCUUCUGGCUGAGAACGUCCACCUUGCUGCGAUCCUGCAGCUCAUUGGCUUUCCAGCAGUCAUUGGGACUCUUUGGGAAGCUGAUGAUAAGGCGGCAGCCUUCAUAGCCAAGGCAUUUUAUGAAGAAUUAACCCGAAUGAACCACGCAUACAAAAGCAAUGAAGAGAAAAGAUCGAAAGAGGACCAAGUGGCACGCGCUUUACACGUCGCUGUAACAGCUUGUCGUAAUGCGAAAUUUGGCCGUGCGAAGGGAUCAGAGGAUGUCUUGCUUUGGGCAAACUUUGUGCAUUAUGGAGCUUGA